AUGGCGCCGCGGUCCGAUGGCUGUGACACUUACGAGAAGGACAUCGCUCGGCGUUUUCUCUUGAUGGACGAAGCAUUAGUGCAGCCGAGAACAUUGCUCAAUCUGUGUGGCGGGCAGGGCGAGUCCUCCAACUACCAGUUCUUUGGGCGCUGUGAUGACGACUUCUGGAAUGUUGAGCAGGCUGCGUGUGAGGCCGAGCUCUUCGAUGAGGAGGUUUUUGACUACACAGACAUCGUCCCCGCCUCCCUUCUGCGACUGUGCGUGGCAGGAGUAGGGCUUCGCUUGCGAGACUCGAUGGUGCAGUUCCUGAGAGUUACACCAUGGAGGGAUGUGUUCUUGAGGCCAAUGGGAACCAUUACGCCCAGCUUCUCCGCGGUUGACCUCGUGGCGCGCUGGAGGGAGGGAGCUUCAGUGCACAAGCCGACGGGUGACGAGCCACCUGCCAAGAGACCGCGCAAGGGCAAGGGAGAUGGAAAUGUGCCAGUUGACAGCAGCGAGCUUUGCCAAUCCGGGCAUGCACUUCCAAACCCGACUAAUGCAAAGGCCGCAUCCAAGGGUGCCAAGAGCAAGAGUGGUGACUUGCCGUCAGUUGUAGGAGGCCGUGGCCAGGAGAAGGCUGCUGCGCUGAAAGACAAAAAGAAGGGCAAGGGCAAAGGCCAGUCCGAGUCACAGGAGGCUGACCAGGGCUGGACAACCGUGAAGCGCCGCGGCUCAGACAAGGAUGGAGGAGGGUUUGUCCUGGAUACCGAUGACUGGGACACUCCUCUAAUCCUCUUCUCCGAACUGGCCAAGAAGUUUGACGAGCUUAAGGCUGAUGAGACCCUCUCAGGCGCGGCCUCGCCUCAGCUGAAGGGCAAGCACACGGUGGUGGAGAUUGCCAAGAAAGCCACCUCGGUCCUGUAUGUGCGUGUGCCGAAGAUCUACGUCGGCAACAAUUGGCAAAAGUUCAAGCAAUCGCCUGGGCGCUCCUUAAUGGCGUGGGCGGCAAGGCUUUCUUUGCAGGUCGUUGACAUCUUUGGGUGGCAGGAGCAGAAAUCCAUGCAGGGCAACGAACAGAUCUUCGCCUUGAUGCGCGUGGAGAAUUCCCACAUCAAGGACAUCUUGACCAAGAGCGGCGUCGAAGGCGUUUUCAUUGAGCCACCGCGCCAAGCUAUGGCCACCCGCGUGGAGUGGGUUGAGAGGGACAAGCAGGAGAGCAACGAGCACUACUUUGAACGAGCCGGUCGUCAGAACAAGGACCUGGGCUUGGCAGUGAAUGGCCGGUCGAUCGGUGUCCGACACGUCUUGCAACAAGACGACAGGAUCACAAGGCUGUGGGUUCUGCAGGAUGCCCCGAUCGAAUGGGGCUCGAGUGAGGCAAGUGCUGCGCUCCAGCAGUCUUUCCAGAAUGUGGCCAUCCAGCGCUGGACACGCUCCCGCGGCACCAAGCUCUUCUUCUUCAAGGCGAAGGCGGAUCUGGAGGCGGACAGGGACAUGGUGCCCAUCUACGCUCGCUUUGAUGGCAAUGAACACACCAUGUGGGCUGUGUGGGCGCAUCAGAAGCGAGGAACCACAAUGCAACGACCUUUGAAGGGACGCUCUGUUCCCAUCGUCGAGGGUCCGAAGUUGUUGAAGGCUAUGGCCACUGCUCCGACAGAACCUCCCACUGCGAUUGACGACCAGGGCAAGGAGACUUCAGCGCCUAAGAGAGCUCGGCUUCCCGCUCAGACGAGGACCCGACCCCCAGAUCUGGUCUUCAAGGCCAUGCCGAAGGACGGGAACUGUGUGUUCCAUACCCUCGCGGGUGGACUGGAGUGGCUGUCACGCAAGCACAAAAAGCCGCUGAGUCUUUCUGCUCGGGAACUCAGGGCACGUGUUGUCGAGCACAUGCGCAAACACAGCGAAGCCUACGAGGCCGACUAUGACGGCAAAAGCCCCGGCGGGGCUGACAUGCCGUGGGAACAGUACCUGGAUGCGAUUGCCCAGGAAGGUGCCUACGCCUCACAUCUCGAGAUUCGUGCUAUUUGUCGCAUUUACGCAGUUCGUGUCAUGGUCGUCCCAGAGCAUGCUUGUGUGCCCUGCGAAACUUUUCAUUCCAAGGUGAAGGACAGGGUUCUCGUUACGUGGCUAACCGGCAACCCGUGCUCUCACAUGGACUUGUUAUUGCCGCAAGGAGCAGACAAUGAUGAGGCCGAUCCCAAGGCAUUGAAGUAUCCGCAGAAGCUAUUGGACAUCACGGCGCCACCUACUUUGAAGUACCACGUGGGUGGUCGCGCUGCCUCGUGCGGUUCGGCUCGGACAUCCUUCACUGCAGGCACGGACUGGACCUCCGGGACUACUUCCAGGAAGACUACCUCGAGGGCUAGUGUGGCAGCUACUGACUGGACGCGACUCCCUCCCCAACGUGAGUCGAAGCGGGCCCGGACUCUUUCUGAGGUCACGCCCGCGCUUGAUGGGACUGCUCGAAGUGCGGUUUCGUCUGGCCCUCUUUACGGCAACGACCUUCUUUCCGAACUCGAGUCCUUCGAAAACCCGGUGCAGGUCACCAACAAAGGUGGGCGAAAGGCGGUCGUGGAAUGGAUGCAGGAUGGCAUGGCCAAGUGCCGAAUCUGUCCCUUUCGGAAAAAGGUGAGCGAUGCCAAACAGGCCAGACACAUCCUUCAAUCCCACUUCAGGAAUCAUCACAAAGGCGAAUGUUUUUCUGGAACCCCUCAGUUCGUUCAGAUGCCUUCUUUGAUUGGAGAACUUCCUGCUGAAAGUGACUUCAGUUGGAAGUGUCAGUUUUGCGCGAGCGGCAUCACUCUGGAGGCUGCGCAGCAUGUCACCACGUCUCGCAUUGCCAGGGACAAGAUCCAACACAAGCACGAUGCCCACCCCGAGGUGUCGUGGAAGACUUGGCGGAAAGCGAACCAUGCCGACCGGGGUUUGAAGGUCUCGGUCACCAAGCGCAAUUCGGCCAUCGCCAAGUAUGGGUCCUCGACUACAGCGCCAGAAGGUGGUACGCGCUUCCGCUGGCCACAAAGCCGCGGAAAAACCAUUCGGUUCGACCAGAGCUGGCUGUGCAAUGCUUGCUCUGUUCCCUUCUCUACCCCUAAGAAGCUUCAAGCACAUCGUCCUAAAUGCAAGGGUACGCCCAGCAAAGCUCGGGCUCGAACGCGCCUGAAGAUCCUCAACAAGCUCAAGAAGCGCUACCUCAAGAAUGCCUCUCCUGGCCCACGCCGAGCCCUGGACUUGGCUUGCUUUGAUGAGGCGACGAAGAUCUUCCAGAGUGCAGCGGAGAUCGUGGCUAUCCCGGAGGCUGACAUCCCUGAGCAUGCCAGUGUCUCUUUUGUGAAUCAUUGGCGAGCCCAGGGUCGGCAUGCUGCUGUGAGCAUCCCCGAAAAUGGCCGCUGCAGGGUCGCUUUGCUGAGCAACAUCCCCUUCCGUCAGGUUCCCAUCGCACAAGGUGAAGCUGCCACUCGUGCGGUUGCGGUAAUGAUGGACCUCAAGAACCAGCAGGACCGCUACGAGACAUUCCUGGUCGUGGCUGUCUACUUGCAGGCUGGCGACGAACGUGUGGCGAGUGUCCAGGCGGAAGCUCUCCUCCAGCAAGUCCUGCGCUCAGGCUUCCGCUUUGUGGCCCUGGGCGACUGGAAUUUGGAGCAGGAACACAACGCUCUCGUCGACUAUCACGCAGGCGAGCUCCUGAGGCGAUGCGAUGAGUGUUGGCUUGGUGAGCCUACCCCAGCCACCGGUCCGGUGUACCGUGGAGCACGACGGCGUCGCAUCGACUUUGCUUUGUCCCACUUACAGCUCCCGGCGGUGGAGCUGGAUCAUUCCCAAGGCCCCUCGGACCAUCUGAUCCCGCGGUAUGGCUUUGACCUACGGGCUCCUCUUCUGCGGGGUGGGCCUCGGCGACGGCAACUUGUCCUUGACCUGCCAGAGGACAUUAUCGCUGAGGCCUUCGAUGGGAUGAAUCACGACGACUUUGAGCUCGCGAUUAAGCAGGGUGAUGUGAAUCUUGCAUGGACGACCUUGUCAGACAUGGCCGAAGACCUUCUAGGUGAUGUUCAGCCUGAUGCGAUCCCUCGGAGCGCGCAUUGGGAACCCACCGAGCCUUCCUUCCGUAGGGUCGUCGGCAGCAGCAUCGAAAGAUCAGCAGCAACGGGGCGUGGCACAUGCUCCAGAAUGGCAUCCACACGAGCCAAGUGA